AUGACCGAGUCGGGAGGCACAGUAGGCUUCAGGAAGGCAGCGGCAUCGCUUAAGGACUGGCGCCCCAACCCUCAAACAUGGACGAGCUGCUUCCUUACAUACCUAGCUGUCAUUGGAUAUCUCUCCGGCGAGAAACAUCCAAAGGCAGUCCCCAACCUACUUAUGUUCAUGAGGCAGAUCCUUGACUUCGCUCAAACAUAUCAGUGGUCAGAAGCAGUACUUCCGCUCGCCCUUAACUUCCACCAAUACAUUCUGGGUAAAGGAGAGCUGUCGACGGAGAACAACCUCGUCACAGCCCCAUUUCGCGAAAAAUAUCUCCGUCACAAUCUUACCCUGCCUGCGAAGACACUGCCUGCGAAGACACUGCCUGCGAAGACCCUGCCUGCGAAGACCCUGCCUGCGAAGUCACCGGCAAACCCUUCAGCCCGACCUCGUCAAACAAGGUCUACUAGGUCUUCUAAUAAUGAAACCGAGGUGUGCGAUAAGUUCAACAUCACAGGAUGUCUCUGGGAAGGCUGCAAGAGACGUCAUGAGUGCACAGCAUGCGGUCCAAGCCAGCAUGGCGCAUCCUCUUGCCGUAAGAAGACAUAG